CUCUGCGCUCGCUUGUUUAGGCCGAUGCAGUCACGGACGCAUGUGCGUGGAAACUUGUGGCUUUGGCUCGUGCCUGUACAGUUGCGGGCUCGGCGUUUCUGGGUGUUUUUUUUUUCCGGCGGUGGGAGCGAGCGAGCGAAUGCGGAGAUCCUUCUCCGGAUUCUGGGCUUUCCUCCGUCUUUCUUUAUGUGAAGGGGGAAUGUAUAGAUGACAGUUAAAAAUAUGAUGGAAGAUACACAACUAAAUUUCAAUCAGCCAUUCCUUACGGUGAGGCGUUUCUCGUCCACAAUAGCCUCUGCAGAGGGUCAGGAGAAAAGGAGAACUAAUAAGGCACUGCCAACCAUACCUCCUCUUCCUCCUUACAAAUCAGAGCUCAAAUCGGGUCCGAUAAGGAAUCCAGGAACUGUUCCAUUUGUGUGGGAACAGUGUCCAGGAAGACCUAAGAAUGAAUCACUAUCGCGCAGUCGGAAUCCCAAAUGCCCUCCUGCUGCUCCGAAACUUCCACCUGGGAGGAUUGCUACAGUUAAGCAGCAGGAUUCUCAAAAAUACUCCGAUGGUGUUAUGGGUGUACAAUCUCAAACGAGAGAUAUGGUUUUAUAUUCUGAAAAUGCACAAUCAAACAAUGAAGGUGCUAAAAAAAAGGAUACCACAGAGGAAAAAGGGAUCCCUGGUUCAGAUUAUGGUGAUGAAGCCUACGUAGAUGCAUUGGAUUCAUUUUCGCAAUCUGAGUCAUUCUUCUUGAACUGCAGUGUCAGUGGUUUGAGUGGAGUGGAUGGUUCAGACAUGAGACUAUCUGGAAGGUUCUCUAGGGAUCCACCAGCCAGGGACUUCAUGAUGUAUCGUUUCUUGCCCGCAGCAAAGGCAAUGGCUUCAGAAGCCCCUCUGCAUUUCGUCCGGAAGCAAUUUGUGGCACAAGAUCUGCCAAGGCAUCCGGUAAAGAAGGCAGUGGUAGGGGGUGAGAACUGUCGGCUUGAGGUACUUAAGCCAAGUGUGCCACCGAUGACCCAAGUCAGAGUUGGAGAAGAAAGUAAAGAUGAUGACUACUAUGAUAAUGAAACCUCAACAACUAAAGUUUGUGGAUUAUUCCCUCGGUUUUGCCUGUUAAAUCCAGUACCUGGUAUGAGGAUGCAAACUGCGGGGCUUACUGUGCACAAAACUCAACUUAAUGCUACAAAUGCUAAAUAUCAAGGUGAAACCAGGAGUAAGCAUAAAAAAAAUGCUUCUGAUGAGCAAAGAUCAGUUGGUGGGCGUCUAAAAGCGGAGCUGCAUGAAAAUAAGUUCGAUCUCAAAAGCACACGGAGACAAACUACAUUCAAAAGCGAUGACAAGAAAUUAGAGGGGUCAUCACUGUACAGCCGUUUGCAAGGCAAUGGCAAAUUUGAGCACCAGAACGGAUUUUCUGAAGCAGUCCCUCAAGGGGAGGAAAGACCAGUUAGUCUUCAUGAGAAUGUUAAGAAUUCCAAGGUUGAUGUCUCCAAUUCCCGAGGAAAGCGCUUUAUCAAUCUUCGAGAAUUAUUAGAUAGUGAGCGUGCGGAAUGGAGGGCAGGCAAUACAAGCCCUGUGGUUGAGAAAACUGUACACGUCGAUGCUGUGCAUGUUGUGAAAUCUCAAGGCCAUACAAGUCCCUCAGGGGGGAAGGAGCCAUCCCAUUCUGAGGGUGAUCUGUUCGAUAUCAAGGCUACUAGGAAGAAAGUUGAGGAAGCGAUUUUAGUGGACUCUCUUUCUCUGGAUGUCGAGAACAUUGAGCACCCGGAGAAGAAGAAGACGAUGUCUGAACUUGAAGGUGUGCAUUUCACGGAUUCCCCCUUGCUCUCUGCUUCUGACAGAUUAAAUCAGUAUAUGAACAUUGACUUGUCUAGACAUGAUCAAGCUCUUACUCUAGUGGGCAUCAAGGAGACCAGCUCAAAAGUUGGCAGAGAUGGUAAAAUUGAUGUAGAAAGUAAGGCACUUAUGAGAUUAGGUGAUCGGCAAAAUCCUUCCACUGCCUAUUCACCCUUGCCCCUCCCUCCUCCUUUACCGAAAUCUCCGUCAGACUCAUGGUUAUCGCGAACCAUGCCCUCCAUUUCCUCCAAGAAACCAUCUCCACUAUCCUCUCUUAGCAUAAAUGUUGUUAAUGGGAAACAUGCUUCAGAGUCAGCUCCUGUUGAUCCCAAGUGGGAAACCAUCGUCAAAUCUUCCAAUGUGCACCACGGGCAUCUGCGGUUCUCUGAGGAACUGCUGCCGCCAAUCCCGGAAACCUGAAGAGCACUGAUCCAGUUUCGACGGAUGUGGAAUAGUGUGUACAUGCGAUGAUCUGAAUACUGUUCUUCACUUUUCCCAAAACUUCUUCAAUCCCAAGAACAGGGAAAAGACUUCCCGCUCGGCCUCAUCGUGGUUGGUGUGCUCUCUUAUACCUGCCCUGUUGAGCAUAUUAUGAGGAACUGUAAAUAGAACUGCCCUUUUCCUACAAUAUAACUACGAAAUGCAUUUCAUUGUCUUUCUGUAAAGAUCAUUCUUUCUGUACACCAAAUUUGUACCAUCAUUCUGUUUUUUUCUUGUAAAGGGGAUUGCAACCACUGUUCUCUGAUUGUAAUAAACUGAUGAUUUCACGCCUUUUAUGUACUUGUCUGUCGUUAAUCAGCAAGGGAAGUUGUUCAUUUCAA